GCUCGGGCACGAAGUCCUCGUCACUUUUUUAACCAUCGAAAUUCUCCGAUAGCGACGAAGAGGAGCGUAACACACAGGACUGCAACGGGGAGUCUGCCAUCGGGCCGAGACAGGCUGCUCCAGCAGGCGAGCAAGUGCCAGUUGCUCGGCGGCAGUUGCCACGGCUGGACAUACAUUUGCUUCCUUUCGUCGAGGUCUUCGUUUACAUGCGACUUACCCCCGUCGCGGUUCUUUGAAAGGGAGUUCGAGGGUCGAAAGUAAUCACCGUGAAGGAAAGUGACGAGAAGCCGAAAUCGUGGAAGCAUUUCGAAGGAAGAAAUAAACGGCAAACGAGAGGAAAAGGAGAUAGAUAGAUAGAUAGAUAGAGAGAGAGAGAGAGAGAGAGAGGGAGAGAGAGAGAGAGAGAGGGAUCAUGAAAAGGAGGAUGCCAUGUGUUAGGAACAGUGAGUGCGUGUGAGUGGCGUGCGUGUUACGUGCGUGUCGGCCCAGUGGCUUCGGUCCUUCGACCCUCGAGGACGUACCACCAGCCGAGGACACGAUGAUGAUCUCGAUGAUACAAACUGCCAUCCUCCUGUCCGUCUUCGUUCAUCUCAAUGCCGCCACCAAUACUAUCACUAUGGCUAAGGAGGAGUGCAGAAAAAGGAUAGCCGAAUGUACAAUGAGUGACGGUGCAAGUACACCGGUAUGUGGGAGCGACGGUGUUACGUAUUCGAGUCAGUGUCGGGUCAUCUCGAAGCAGUGUCAAGGCAUGUCUAUUCUUAUCAAACACACUGGCCCUUGUCCAGAGACACCAGCAUGCUUCUCCGCAAGACUGACUGCCAGGCCGGGUGCACGACCAGUCUGUCGUUCGGAUGGCACUUACGCACCGGUGCAAUGUCACGAGGAAACCGGGUACUGUUGGUGCGUGACGCCGCAGGGCAGACCACUGCCCGACACCUCGGUAAGAAACGAAAGACCAAGAUGUGUGAAAAAACCUGGUCCCAGAUCUACUGCUUCCACCAGGAGCGGCCAAAGGAGGCGCUCGCCGAACUGGAAGCAGCGAAGGCAGUAUAGCAGUAAGCAUAGGAAUACGUGUGAUCGAGCGGAAAAGUCCAAGUUCAACGGGAACCUGAUCGAAAACUUCAAGAUCGAGUACAGGCGGACGAACAUCUCUGCCGAUGGCGACAAAAAUGUAGAAAGAGUAUUGUCGUGGAAAUUCGUGACACUGGACAAAAAUGGGGAUGGAUACCUGGAUAGGGCGGAGUACAAGGAAUUGAGGAGGCUUGCGAAGAAGGCGGUAAGGCCGAAGAAAUGUGCUCGCACGUUCGCCCGCACGUGCGACCUAAAUCGGGAUUUGAAACUCUCUAGGCAAGAAUGGGGUGCCUGCCUUGCGAACGACUUCACUCUACGUUUGUUCUUGUCGCUGAACCCCGCAGACGAGCGCCCCGAGGUCCCUGAGGCCCAGAGGACCCGGGUCAUGGACCAAGUAUUGAAAGGCAAUCCUGCUCCGGCGCAUUCUCGACCAACGUUCAAAGAUGAUCCAACCGAUACGAAAGAGGAUAGCGACGCAAACGAUUGUUUAACGGACAGACGAUCCGUAUUAGAAGACGAGAGGCAACAUUCUCAAGAGAAAUUUUAUGUACCUGAAUGUACACCUGACGGAAGGUAUCAUCGAGUGCAGUGUUAUUCUGGUUAUUGUUGGUGCGUGUACCAGGAUACUGGCAAACCGAUACCCGGGACAUCUUCCAAAGACCGUACUCCAAAUUGUAAUCCAGUACCUAUUCCUAGCAGACCUAUGAAAGGUUGUCCCGAACAAAAGAAACAAUUGUUUCUACGAGAUUUAAUGGACUUAAUGCAGAAAAAGAUGAAGGCCUCCGGUACAGAUUCGGAUGAAACGACAGCUAAGUGGCAAGCUUCGAAAGAGGAGCAAAUAGCAACUUGGCAUUUUGUCAUGCUUGAUAAAAACAAAAAUAAGGUUCUAGAGAGGAAAGAAUGGAAAAGUUUCCGCACGAUGGUAGCGAAUAACAGGCAGCUUCAAAGAUGCGGAAAAAGGCUUCCUAGAUACUGUGAUAUCAACAACGAUAGAAAAAUCAGCAUGACAGAAUGGUUCAGUUGUCUAAAUGCUCAACGACCUACGACACGUAAUUAUUUUCAUUACAAAUACGUAUAUUUGAUUCGCUUGGGAAUGCAUAAUUUUGCAACAAUCAGAGUUGUUCUUCUCUUAAAUUCGUGAAUAUUAAAUUAUUUCAGCUGAAAGUACGGAAAAAUCAUCAACGAGUAAACCCAAGAGAAUGGGCCCAAAUCCGUUGGAUCAAUUUCUUAAAAACGACGAUGAUUAGAAGUAUAUGUGAUAUGAAUGUGUGUGUUCGUCAUUUCAUCCAUAUGUUGUAGUGAUCAUUCAUCUAGCAUGUGGAUCGCAACGACGGAACUUUCAAAAGAAAGCCAAUUACUGUGUUAAAAAAAUUUUAUUUGUAUUUUUAUAUCCGGUGAUAAAUAUCACUCAUAUCAUUUUAUUUUUAAUAUGGAUCAUAUUUCUGUACCUCACAGAUAUUGAUAAUUCGAUAGUGUAGUUUAGCAUAAUGAUGAUAUAUAUAGCUGUAAGAAUAAAAAGUAACAAAGUAUUACGGACAUACAGUCGUGUACAUAUUUAAAAAAAUUUUUUCUUGUUUAAGUGCUAUGUACUGCUUUCUCAUGACAAAGAUAGAUGCAGACACGUAAAAUUGAAUGUACAAUUGCCGAAUGUGUUAUUAAACUCGCUAAAUGUCUCGCUCUUUGUUCCAUGAGUACUACAAACAAUUGUUUAAUUUAGGUUUAAUUAAAUUUAAUUCGUACAUCUUUUAAGAUUUCUACCAUAAUUAUGAACUGUAUGACACUAUCGAUUCAUAAAUCAUUGUAAAGUUAAAAAUUGUUUGCUGAAAUAAAUUUUGUUUUAACAAGA